GGCCUGACCACCAUCACCCGCAGUAGUCGACUGUUGAGUCCUCUGCGGUUCAAUUUUCUAACGCAAUUAAAUGGCAGCUCCAGAAGAGUACUCGAUUGCUCAAGCUCCAAUCUCAGCUCAUGCUUUCAAUGGGGAUCGUCGUGAACUCUGCCUCAGCUUGAACUCUAACGAGGCACAAAUUUUGCAGAAGCAGGGUCAUGAAUGGAAGACCGUCGAGACUCUUUCUGAGCAUGAUAAAGUGGUCACAUCGAUUGACUGGGCUCCCAACUCUAACCGUAUCGUAACUGCAUCGCAAGACAGAAAUGCAUAUGUGUGGACCCAAAUCCCCGAUCCUCAGACGGGACAUCUGAUUUGGAAGCCGACGCUUGUGCUCCUGCGUAUCAACCGUGCUGCAACUUACGUUCGGUGGAGCCCCUAUGAAGAUAAGUUCGCCGUCGCAAGCGGUGCUCGAGCUAUUGCUGUCUGUUCUUUCGAUCCAGAAAGUGACUGGUGGGUCUCUAAGCAACUGAAGAAGCCAAUUAGAUCGACCGUGCUAUCCGUCGAUUGGCACCCGAACAAUGUUCUGCUUGCAGCCGGGAGUGCGGACGCUAAAGCACGUGUCUUUUCGGCAUAUAUCAAGGACGUGGACAAGAGGCCUCAACCAUCUGUUUGGGGCGAGAAACUGCCGUUCAACACACUAUGUGGUGAAUACGGCAGCCCGAAUGGAGGCUGGGUACACAGCGUUGGAUUCUCGCCGUCUGGAGACAUACUGGCUUUCGCAAGCCACGAUUCCUCUAUCACCAUCGUCUAUCCCGGAGGACCAGCAGCUUUCACCAUUAAGCAGUCAACUCUCCCUUACGUUUCUCUUUGCUGGACUUCCGAAGACGCACUUGUUGCUGCUGGCCACGACUGUCAGCCAGUCCUUUUCCAAGGUAACGAAGGAGGUUGGCGGGCCGUUGGCAGUCUCGACGACACUACUGCACCUAAGUCAUCAGGCGUAGGCCGUGCGUCACCUGUUGGGCGUCUCAACAGCGCGGCAUUUAAUACUUUCCGUAAUGCGGACAUGCGAGGACAGUCAGCGUCUCCAGGCCUCCCAGGCGGUGGUGGGAGCGGAGACACUGAAUUGCAGACAGUCCACCAAAAUACGAUUUUGAGUGUCCGUCCGUAUGAUGGUGCGCCUGGUCAAGUGACGCGUGUCAGCACGAGCGGUGUGGAUGGAAAGCUGGUUAUAUGGCAUGUUGCAGCUGCUGGAGGUCUUGCAGGCAGAAUGGAGGCGCUGCGCAUGUGAGAACUGUGCAUUCAUGUAUAAAAUACAGUAGUGCAUUUAGUUCAUUACUACAUGUGGUGGUACAAUUCCGAACAAAGAUUCAAAUACAAAAUAGAAUGAUCAUUGCUGGAUCGUGGUAUCGGCGUUGGUCUCAAAGGAAAGCGAGGGUUCUGACACGGGCUGUUCGUUGAUGACACCCCAUACUGAUGCUUUAAACAAAGUCAGCACUAAACCCAUCUUAGUCUCCAACACCCGUAGCUGGUUAAGCAAUCGCUGGUCCGGUUCCUCACUCAAUUGCCGUGUCUUCGACACAAGGAUCUUUACGUGUUGCGAAAGCUUGGCAUAUUCCCAACAUACUUCUGCUUCAAGUUGUGAGAGAGAUGGGUGUCCUUCGUAGGGAUUGGCCUCGAAUAUAUCAUUGG